UUACUAAAUACCCCUAACGGGGCCCCUCUCUGAUAAAGAAAAAAACGAAAAAAUCUCAAAUUUAUGAAAAAUUAUGUUAUUAACAAUGUAGUUCGACUAUUGUUACUCCUGCUCGGUAGUUCCGUAGCAGGUUUUUUCAAACGUUUUCUAGGAUCAGAAGGAAGCGCUAUUCUGACCACUACGUGCGUUUCAUUCUUCGCACUGGUGGGCUUCCUAUUUUUAUUUCGAAUUUAUUACUUUCGUUUGAAAGGACCACUGAGGGAGAUUCUCAAUCUCUUCUUGGUCUUUUCCGCUGGGUUCGUGGGAUCUUUGAUACGGAUCGAAGUCAUCCACCUAGUGAGUCCGGCUUUGCCCCUGUUGGGGCCCUUUCUAUGGUAUGCUGUGACGGGUUCGUCUGGGGAGGUAGUGAAUCACCAAACCGAGGCCUCUUCUCAGUGGUUUACGUAUACUUCCGACAUGCUAGAAGAUUCGGCCAGUUCCGGGCGUAGCUCGUCGGUCAAUCAACCGAUUCAGAGGGAACAGGCUGGGCCAUCCAAUGCCUUUCCCGCCCCCCAACCCACCGCUGCCCCAGCAGCUCAACAGCAGAAUCACCUAGAUCAACCAGCUGGGGAAAGGGAGGCUAGGGCGCAAGAGCACGCCCGCAUCUCUGCGGAGAUCGAAAGGAUUAUGGCGGCCUGCGAGAAUGAGGAGGCCGCCAUGAUACGCAAAGCCCACAACCUCUUGCAUCAACUUGGCAUAACUCUCGAGGAUGCAGAGGAUGUCAAGCGUGCUCUCCAGUUGGCUCUCCAUGACGACUGGGAGCACGAUAUCGAUGACCGUAAGAGGCAUUUCACGGUGCUCAGACGCAACUUCGGAACAGCUCGCUGUGAAAGAUGGAACUCUUUCAUUGAAGAGCUCCGGGGUUUGGGUAACCAUCAGGUAAAUGCCCGGCAUUAUCUAGACUGACAUAUCACGGUGGGAUCUUCGACUGGGGUGAAGUCGUAACAAGGUAGCCGUAGGGGAACCUGCGGCUGGAUUGAAUCCUUCUAUAGAUAGAAAAGUUCUUAAGCAAAGACUGGAGAGGCCCCCGGUCGAGAUGUAGUAAGUAGGUCUCCGGGAGACUGAGGAGAAUGGGAGUGAGUGGGUUUAGGGUGGCAUGCUCCCCAGGGCCUUU